AAAGCACCUGUCUUUUUGGUAAGCGAAGGGGAAACAAUGUCUGCUAAAGUUAGAUACUACUUGGAGCAAUCUGUUCCUGAACUAGAGGAUCUUCAGAAGAAAGGUCUAUUUGAUAAGCAUGAGAUCAACCUCAUCAUGAGAAGAAGAACAGAUUUUGAACAUAGGCUGUCGAGCCGUGGGUCUAAGCCAAGGGAUUAUACCAAAUACGCCGAAUACGAAAGUAACGUUGAAAAACUGCGUCGUAAACGUUACACAAGGCUAUCGUCUGUUGGAUUGGUGAAUACGAAGCCCUCCAUCUCAGACUGGGCCUAUGAGAGACGUGUGUCGUUUAUCUAUGAUCGUGCGGUUCAAAAGUUCCCUAACGAUUUCACCAUUUGGGAAGAUUACAUCAGAUUUGCUAGAAAGCAAAAGAUGUUCAAAAAGAUCUAUAAGAUCUAUACACAACUGCUGCAAUUGCAUCCAACCUCGGUGGCGUCCUGGAUCAGCGCCGCAAACUUUGAAUACGAAUACGUCGGCAGUGCAAAGAAUGCAAGAACGCUGUUCCAACGUGCGCUUAGAUUCAACCAGGACUCUAAGAAAUUAUGGCUAACGUACACCAUUUUCGAACUGUCGUACAUUACAAAGCUGCUCACAAGAAGAAGAAUUCUUGGGUUGAUGACCGAGAAGCAACAGUUGGAGCACGAGCAGAGUGAAGCCAAGUCCAUGGGCCAGGACGACGGUCUCAUUGAACUACCAAGUGUGACCAACGAUGAGCUCAAAUCACAGCUCAACACCUUGCCGGAUGCUGAUAUGAAUAUGCUCGGUAAUCCAGAGACAAACCCUGCAUUGAGAGGUGACAUUGCACUCACAGUCUUUGACGUAUGUAUCGAAACGUUGUACAAGUUGAAGCGCAACACCAAUAUCAGCGAAUUCGAGUUCAAGUAUGACUUGUGUUUGGAGUUCCUGUCGUUGAUGGAUAAGUUUGACGGCUUGAACAGAGAAUACUUGGAACAGCACGUCAUCAACUACUUGAUGAGACAGUUCCAGAACGAGCCUAGUGUCGUUGUCCUCGAUGUCACUCUUCCAAUUAGAAACGUAUCAUUCGAAAACGAGCAAUUCGUUGAACUGUUACAGAGCUGUACAAAGAAGUAUUUGGCUUAUAAGGCUAAACUUCAGGAUGAGCAUGCAAAGACAGAGUUGAAGUCUCAAUUUGCAAAGUUUCUCAACAAGUAUCUGGAGGAUGAGUCUAUCGAGGAGAACACAAGACAACUCAUCCGUGCCAUUACUAAGAGAUUGUGAAGAAGGUUUGACACUCCCUGCUGAUAGAUGUGGAAGUGUGUGUAUGUAUUCCAUGAAUAUAUGAUGUAAGCGGA